CUCUCUUCUUCUAUUUUCACCACCAUACAACACAAAACCUCCAAAACUAAAUAAUCAAAGUCUCCCUCCUCUCUUUUCCUAAAGAAGAAACUAAACACAGAGAUUGUGAAGACAAACAUGGAAGCUACUUCUUCUAACUUCACACUCUCUACAAUCUUCAACAAAGAGGAUCCAUACAGCUCCCUCAUGCUGGCCGCCGCUCUCCUCGUCGCCGUCCUCUGCUACUUCUGGCUUCAAGGAAAAUCCAAGUCCAAGAACGGUCAACCACCGUUGCCUCCGGGACCAUGGCCACUUCCCAUCGUCGGAAACCUCCCGUUCCUAAACUCCGACAUCCUCCACACGCAGUUCCAAGCCCUAACUCAAAAACACGGCCCUCUCAUGAAAAUCCACCUCGGCUCCAAACUCGCUAUCGUCAUCUCUUCUCCCGACAUGGCUCGCGAGGUUCUCAAAACGCACGACGUCACUUUCGCCAACCACGACCUCCCCGAGGUCGGGAAGAUCAACACGUACGGUGGGGAAGACAUACUCUGGUCUCCUUACGGCACACACUGGAGGAGACUACGUAAGCUUUGCGUCAUGAAGAUGUUCACCACGCCGACUCUCGAAGCUUCUUACUCCACUCGCAGGGAAGAAACACGACAAACUAUCGUUCACAUGUCCGAAAUGGCACGUGACGGAUCGCCCGUGAAUCUUGGAGAGCAAAUAUUUCUUUCAAUAUUCAACGUCGUGACGAGAAUGAUGUGGGGAGCGACGGUUGAAGGAGAAGAGAGAACAAGCUUAGGAAACGAGCUCAAAACCCUAAUCUCCGAUAUCUCCGACAUAGAAGGGAUUCAAAACUACUCAGACUUCUUCCCUUUGUUCGCAAGAUUUGAUUUCCAGGGACUUGUUAAGAAGAUGAAGGUCCACGUUAAGAAGCUAGAUAUUUUAUUCGACCGUGUUAUGGAGAGUCAUGUCAAAAUGGUUGGUAAGAAAAGCGAAGAGGAAGAAGAUUUUUUACAAUACUUGAUUAGGGUUAAAGACGACGAUGAGAAAGCUCCUCUCUCGUUGACUCACGUCAAGUCGUUGCUUAUGGAUAUGGUUCUUGGUGGUGUUGACACAUCCGUUAACGCAUCGGAGUUCGCUAUGGCAGAGAUCGUAAGCAGACCAGAGGUUUUCAAGAAGAUACGUCAAGAACUGGAUCAAGUUGUUGGUAAAGACAGCGUCGUUGAAGAAUCACAUCUACCAAAGCUUACUUACUUGCAAGCGGUUAUGAAAGAGACUCUUAGGCUUCACCCUACGCUUCCACUUCUUGUACCUCACAGGAACAGCGAAACCUCGGUGGUUGCGGGAUACACUGUGCCUAAAGACUCCAAGAUUUUCAUCAAUGUUUGGGCGAUUCAUAGAGAUCCUAAGCAUUGGGACGAGCCUAAUGAGUUUAAACCUGAGAGGUUUUUGGAGAACUCGCUAGAUUUCAACGGUGGUGAUUUCAAGUAUUUGCCAUUUGGUUCCGGGAGGAGGAUUUGCGCGGCGAUUAACAUGGCUGAGAGGCUUGUUCUGUUCAACAUUGCGUCGCUUCUUCACUCUUUUGACUGGAAAGCUCCUAAAGGACACAAGUUUGAGGUUGAAGAGAAGUUUGGGCUUGUUCUUAAGUUGAAGACUCCACUUGUGGCUAUUCCUGUACCGAGGUUGUCUGAUCCCAAACUCUACACAGCUUAAGUAACUAAGUAAGAAGAAAAGUUUGGUUCGGGGGGAGUUGAUAGUAAUUUAUCCUUUUUUCUUAUUUUGUUGUGGGAGUUUUAAUAUUAUAAUGUGUCUUAUUAUGCAUCUUU